CGAGCUGCGCGUGACGCGGAAUCGGGUCACAUGACCCCUGUCAACAUCCAGCAUGGCGGACGCGGACAGCCAGAGAUGUGUGAGCGCUUUACUGAACGGAAUCACGCAGAGACUUUAUUACGGCAAUACAGAAGUCACGGAGGAGUUUCUGAAGAAUGAGCUCUACGCCGAGAUGACCCCGGACGGGUUCCGCGCGCUACAUGACAAGAUGAGGUCGCUGCUGAAGUCCAUCGCGUCAGCAGACAUGGAUCAGGCGCAGCUGGAAGCGUUCCUCACGGCACAGACGCGUAAGCAGGGCGGCAGCGGCGUGACCCCGGAGCAGGCGACCGCUCUGGCACGCUUCUGGAAGGCCCACCGGACGCGGGUACGAGAGAGUCUGCUGGCUCAGAGUCGCUGGGAGCCCGGCCUCAGGGGCCUGAAGUGGAGGGUGGACCUGCACACAACCGCCAGCAGGGGGCAGGUGUCCAACAGUCCCGUGGCCCUGGUGGAGUUAGAGCUCGGCCGCCCCGGAGAGGGAGAGAGCUCUGAGUUUGUGUGUUUGGAGUUUGACGAGCAGAAGGUGAAUCUGGUGUUGAAGAAGAUGGCAGAACUUCAGGAGAGCAUCGACAGCGUCGUGCACCGCAGCUAGAGCUGAUCUGCCUCUUCAUAGGUGUGUGUGUGAGAGAGAGAGAGAGUGAGGGAUUGUGUGUUUGUUUUAUAUGCUGUAUUAUCAUAAAGCUAUAUUCAUCAUAAAUAAUCAUU